AUGUCUCGUCGCAACUCAGACGAGGCUGAGGCUACGCUCCUCAAGCCCGACGACAACCCCGACGACAUCAAGCCUGAGCCCAUGGACAUUGAGUCCGAAGCCGGUCGUCCCGAGAACUCGUCCAGCGGCAAGAACCUCGAUCACGAAUACUCGGUCCCAAGCACCAUCAAGUUUGCCUGGCUCGGCACCUACUUCUUCUUCUCACUCGCCCUGACACUCUACAACAAAGCUGUCCUCGGCAUGUUCCACUUCCCAUGGCUCCUCACCUUCCUCCAUACCUCAUUUGCCAGCAUGGGCACCUUCGCCAUGAUGCAGCUAGGCUACUUCAAGCUCUCCCACCUCGGCCGCCGCGAAAAUAUCGCCCUCGUCGCCUUUAGCGUCCUCUUCACCGCCAACAUUGCCAUCUCCAACAAGUCGCUUGAGAUGGUCUCCGUCCCCUUCUACCAGACCAUGCGCAUGCUCUGCCCUCUCUUCACCAUCUUCAUCUUCCGCUUCUGGUACGACCGUACCUAUAGUACCAUGACCUACAUGUCCCUCGUGCCCCUCGUCAUCGGUGCUGCCAUGACCACCAUUGGCGAUGGCGACCUCAGCUUCACCGACGCUGGCUUCAUCCUCACCAUCCUCGGUGUCAUUCUCGCCGCCCUCAAGACCGUCGUCACUAACCGAUUUAUGACGGGCUCCCUGUCCCUCCCUCCCCUCGAGUUCCUCAUGCGCAUGUCUCCCCUCGCCGCCCUCCAGGCCCUCGCCUGCGGCAUUGCCACUGGGGAGCUCUCCGAUUUCUGGACACUGAUGAAUUCGGGCGAUGUUGCCGUCCUGCCCGCUGUCGGCUCCCUCUUCGGCAAUGGCUUUCUCGCCUUCCUCCUCAACAUCUCGUCCUUCAACACCAACAAGCUGGCCGGUGCCCUCACCAUGACGGUGUGCGGUAACCUGAAGCAGUGUCUCACCGUCGCCCUCGGCAUAUUCCUCUUUGACGUCACUGUCCGCAUGCUCAACGGCGCUGGAAUGGCUGUUACCAUGCUUGGCGCAGCCAUCUACUCCAAAGCUGAGCUCGACAACAAGAAGAAGAAGUCUCAGGUCGCUUACACACCCGUCGACCAAAACGUGCGGUAA